AAAAGUUUUACAUGCUGUGGCUAAUAUUCCAACUGGGUUAGAUAAUUGAAAGGUACAUAGUUUUGUUCAACCUUAAUGUUGAACAGUGUGUGUGUGAUUUUGAAUAUUUAAUUUGUGUGAUGUAGUGAAAGUCAUGACAGUACACAAACUGCAUGAAACAUACUGAAUACUGAUCAUCAAUUUGCUGAACUUAUUGAGUGUUUUAUGGCACAAAUAGAAUUAGCAAAUAAAAGUGUGGUCAUGGACAAAUAAUCAGUACCUUAUGUUAUUUGUUAUAUUUUGUUUUCAGGACAAAAUGCCGAAGUAUCAAGUCGCUAAGAGGGAGAAGGGUGCUAUGCGGUUCCUGACACUGACUGGGGAGAGAAAGCGGGAUAGACGAGCUGUGGUUUCCUCCGACAGAUGUGUGUUUUUUUCUGACUUUACUGUUUCUUCUGUGAAUUCUGCUGUCUUUCACUCUGACAUGACUCAAGUGUCUAUGCUUGAGGACGUCCCUGAGAAACUUGCAGAUGUGCAAGCUAUCAGGGACAGCAAUGAUAUGUAUGAAGAGCAUAAGAAGCAUAAAUUACUUGGCAAUAAGAAGCAUAAAUUACUUGGAAAUGAGAAGCAUAAAUUACUUGGUAAUAAGAAGCAUAAAUUACUUGGCAAUAAGAAGCACAACAUAUUUGGCAAUAAGAAGGUGAAACAAAGUGAUGUGAAGCUGGAAAAUGUCCACCAUGAGAAGCUUGGAAGUAACAGCGAUGAGAAGUCUGGAAGUCACAUCCAUGGUGAGAGUCUUAGCCAUUAUGAGUAUGAAGGUCACUGCCAUGAGAAGACUGAAAGUCACAGCCAUAAAGGUGAGAGUCACAGUCGUUGUGAGUAUGAAGGUCACUGCCAUGACAAGUCUGAAAGUCACAGCAAUGAGAAAGGUGAGAGUCAAAGCCAUGACAAGUCUGAAAAUCACAGCAUUGAAAGCAUUGAGAAGCCUGAGAAUCCCAGCCAUGAGAAUGAUGACAGUCAUAGCCUUGAGAAGCUUGAGAGUCGCAGACAUGAGAACGGUAAAAUUAAAAGUUAUGAGAAGCCUAAGAGUCACAGCUAUAAUGACAAGACUGUGAAUGCAAGCCAUGAGAACGGUAAGAUGGAAAGUAGCAAUCAUGAUAAGAUUGAAAACGAUGAGAUGCUUGAGAAGAAUAAGGACAAUUUUCAGCUAAAAGGGCCAAAGAAAUGUUGCAAAAAGUGUAAAAGCCAUAAAAGAAGUGAUAACAAGCAGAAAACGAACAGUCCAUGUGAGAUUCACAAAUCUAGCCCUGAGAAACAUAAGAGACGAAGUAGUACAAAUGAGUACCAAAUGAAGAGACGUGGAGGUCAUUGCAUUUAUGAGAAGGUUGGUAACCAUCAUGUGUAUACAAAAAGUAUGAGUAAGACGAGUGUCUUGUUUGUAGUACCAGUGAAGCAGAGGUGUCCCCGUUCAUUGAAAAGGAAAGUAGUUGAAAUAUGUUCAUGUAAGAAGAGCCAUAAACGUCUGAGAAAGAAUAGAAAGAUACCAACAAUUGGAUACACAGUGCCGAGCCACACAAGAGUGACCAAAAAGUCCAAAAAACGCAUGAUGUAUAAUUAUCGCAAAAAUGGUAAAUCUGUAGAAGUUCGUAUAAAAAAGGAGGAUAGACAUACACAUGAACAGUUGAGGAAAACCAUAUUUGGUCAUACAAGCAGAACUAUCAACAAAAUAAUUCAUGCAGAUCAAGACAAGAGAACCAAAAAAGUGACAAAUGUAAUGAAAGGCAAGAUUCGGUCAAAAGCUGGUAAGAAGAGAAAGACUUGUGAAUCUAAAAAACAAGAAGUUCAGGAUGUCAAAGUUGUAGACCAUGGCAAUUUAUCUAUCUGUUGGCUUUGUGAUAGAAUUGAUAAAUGUGGCACAAGGAAGAUGCAAUGUGAUAAAUGUUGUGUGUGGUUUCACACUAGUUGUUAAGGUUUAUUUGAUAUGGAGAAACAUUUGAUUUGUAAGACAUUCACUUGGGUUUGCCGUAAAUGUGGACAUGGAAAUUACAGUGACACUUUAUGUCAUAAUUUUGGUAUACCUACAGAUGAGAAUGUUUUUGACUUGGCAUGCAGUGGAAUGGACCAGUGUUAUUCUGACGGGUUUAUAGAUCAAAUGGAUGCAAAGGACACAAGAAUACAAAGCUCAUCGAUAGUGGAACACAGAAAUGUCCAUGGCAGUCAAGUUGAAGAUGGGACAAGCAUUAUGA